AUUACAUCUCUAUUUUCUAAGAGGUUCAAAUCUUGGAAGCCGUAGUAUCCAUCGACGCAUUUGGAGCUGCCUGACUGACAGCCGCACCAAGCUUAAGGUUACGCCCUCCAAGCCUACCGUACCCAUUCUUCAAUCUACGUCUUUACAUCGUAAUAAGCUUCAGCCCGACUGCCUUAAUUGUCAAGAUGUCGAACCUCGGCGGGUAUAUCAACAGUAAGUCGCGUUGCUCUCUCUUUGACGGUCUCAAUCUUCAACCCGAAACAUGGCUUGCUGCGUGAAUUGUCUAACAUGCGACUACUAGAGAAGGUCUUGAUAAUUACGGCAGACUCACGGACCCUGGUGGGGAAUCUCUUAAGCUGCGACCAGAUGACAAAUUUGGUCCUCGGCCAGACAGUUGAACGUGUUAUCCGAACCUCCGACGACACAGAACCAUCCACAGAGGUUCCGUUAGGUCUCUAUCUUGUUCGAGGUGACAAUGUGUGCGUGGUAGGCUUGGUGGACGAGGCGCUCGACGAAAGCAUCAAUUGGCAAGAGGUGAAGGGCUCAGCAAUUGGUGGUAUCAAGCACAUAUAGGAGGCGGAUUUGGAAUCGCGUAUGAACCAAACCUUAAAGCUUUGGGUUCUUAAGAUCAUAGGUCUGGCGUUGGAGGAAGGAUAAUUGCAUUUACAGAAGAGGGGAUUCUUGAAGAUUCACACAUAGG